UGCCCUCUGUUCUUUGCCCUGAUAGGAUGAAAUCUCGGGAGCAGCUGGUGCAGCAGGUGCUGCAGGAGUUGCAAGAGGCAGUGGAGUCCGAGGGCCUGGAGGGUCUUGUGGGUGCUGCCCUCGAGGCCAAACAGGUCCUGUCUUCCUUCACUCUCCCCACCUGCCGGGAGGGGGGCCCCGGCCCCCAGGUGCUGGAGGUGGACCCUGUGGCCCUGAGCCUGUAUCCAGAGGAUGCUCCCCGGAACAUGCUGCCGCUGAUGUGCAAGGGCGAGGGCAGCUUGCUCUUUGAGGCGGUCAGCAUGCUGCUGUGGGGUGACGCAGGCCUCAGCCUGGAGCUGCGGGCCCGGACUGUGGUGGAGAUGCUGCUGCACAGACACUACUACCUCCAGGGCAUGAUUGACUCCAAGGUGAUGCUGCAGGCCGUGCGCUAUUCCCUGUGUUCCGAGGAGUCCCCUGAGAUGACCAGCCUGCCGUCUGCCACGCUGGAGGCCAUCUUCGACGCGGAUGUCAAAGCUACCUGCUUUCCUAGCAGCUUCUCCAAUGUGUGGCACUUGUACGCCCUCGCCUCUGUCCUUCAGCGCAAUAUUUACUCCAUCUACCCCAUGCGCAACCUCAAGAUCCGGCCCUACUUUAACCGUGUCAUCCGGCCCCGCCGCUGUGACCACACACCUGCCACACUGCACAUCAUGUGGGCUGGCCAGCCGCUCACCAGCCACCUCUUCCGCCACCAGUACUUUGCCCCUGUGGUGGGGCUGGAGGAGGUGGAGGCUGAAGGUACUACCGGCCCGGCCCUAGCUCCUUCAGCUCUGGCCCCACUGCCGCCACCGGCCAAGACCCUGGAGCUGCUCAACCGGGAGCCUGGCCUCAGCUACUCCCACCUCUGUGAGCGCUACAGUGUCACCAAGAGCACCUUCUACCGCUGGCGGCGGCAGUCCCAGGAGCACCGGCAGAAGGUGGCUACCCGCUUCUCGGCCAAGCACUUCCUGCAGGACAGCUUCCACCGUGGGGGCCUCGUGCCUCUGCAACAGUUCCUCCAGAGGUUCCCUGAGAUCUCGCGCUCAACCUAUUACGCCUGGAAGCACGAGCUGCUGGGCUCUGGUGCUUGCCAGGCCCUGGCUCCCAAGGAGGCACUGGCGAUGGAGGAGCUGGAGAAGCUGCCAGAGGAGCAGGUUGUCGAGGGGCUCGGAUGCUCCUCACUGGCCGUGUCAAGCCCUGGAAUGGUCUUAAUGCAACGGGCCAAGUUGUACCUGGAGCACUGCAUCUCCCUGAAUACGCUGGUACCCUAUCGCUGCUUCAAACGCAGGUUCCCUGGCAUCUCCCGGUCCACCUACUACAAUUGGCGCCGAAAGGCCCUCCGAAGGAACCCCACCUUCAAGCCGCCACCAGCCCUCCCAGUGGCUGGGAGUCCCCAGCCUACGUCUAUUGGGGAGGAGGCCCUACUCCCUUGGAAGGGUGAGGUGGGAGAGGGGGCAGCGAAAGCAAUGGGUCGGGGGCCACCUGCCCCCCGGGAGUUCCUGCCCCUGAGGAUGCCCUUGUCCCGUUGGCAGAGGCGUCUGCGCAGGGCUGCCCGCAAGCAGGUGCUGAGUGGGCAUCUUCCUUUCUGUCGCUUUCGCCUCCGCUACCCUAGCCUGUCACCCUCUGCCUUUUGGGUUUGGAAGAGUCUUGCCCGGGGCUGGCCCAGAAGCCUGUCCAAACUUCAGAUGCAGGCCUCCACUUUGGGCAAAGCAGGGGUGCAGGAGGCAGGGGAGAAGCGGGAGAAAGAAGCUGGCAGGAACAUGGCAGCUGCCAUGACCCCACCUGCAGGGACCCCAAAGGUGGGGGCUUCUCCAGGAGAGGAUCCAGGGAAGGCUGAGGGAGGGCCUUCCAGAGAGGGGGUCCUGCCAGGGGCGGCCACAGCCCAGGGCCAGCCCCACAGUGGAUCCCUGUCUAGCCGUCCUGUGGUGGCAGUGGCGGGUGGCCGGGACGGCCAAGUAUUGGUGAUGGACAUGCUCACCACCACAAAGUUCAAGGCCCAGGCCAAGCUGUUCUUGCAGAAGCGCUUCCAGUCCAAGAGCUUCCCCUCCUACAAGGAGUUCAGUGCCCUCUUCCCCUUCACUGCCCGCUCCACCUACUACAUGUGGAAGCGCGCCCUCUAUGAUGGCCUCACCCUGGUUGAUGGCUGACAGGGAGGUGUGAAGGGAGCUGGGAGGAAGGGGGACCAGGUUGGAGAGGGUCAGGGACCUGAGUUGCUCCCUGGCUUGGCCAGGAUGUCAUUUGUUCCUGCUCCCACAGUGUCUAUCCUGAAUCCAAGGGCAGAUUUGUGUUGUUUCCUGGCUCCAGGGCAGAGAGAGCCAGAAAUCAGCCAUCUGGUCUCCUGUGGAGAGCUGCAGGACCAGAGAUGUUCACUUCAGUUGUUUGCCAUUCUUACUUUUAUUGUGUCUUGGUUUUAGUUUUCUGUUUUGAUUUAAGUGGGUUGGCUGGGCCCCCUUGCUGGUGUUGGAAGCUGCAUGUGUGUGGUGGUCUGGAGGGGGGUUGGUUAGCUAAAGCUGCUUUCAGCUUUUCCCGGGGACAGGAGGAAUAUUAUAGUAUGGCCAUCUGUCCCUCUGGGCAAAUAUAUGUCUUCAGUUCCUUCUGGCGGUUGGCACCAUCCUUACUCAAGAUGUUUCCCAAAGGAACAUUAGCCAUCAAGUGUGGAGCGGGCAAUGGCUUCUGUCUGACAUCCACAAGGGAGAGGGUGCCAGGCUCGGCAUGAGCAGAAGCAGGGAUGUAUAGAAAGAAUCAAGGAUGGCCUCUAAUGGAGGGCCCUGAGCUGGAUCACUGAGGGGCUGGCCUGUCCCUUGCAAGGAGUGUGGUAAGGGGCAAGGGCCUCGAGUCUCUGCUUACCGGAGCUUGGUCCAUCUGCUGUGGACCCUGCAGUCCUCUGCCAGCCUGGCUGGCUCUUGACGACCCCCCGUCUUUGUGCAGAGCCUCUCCUCACAGACUGUGUCCUAUCUUCAGUGAGGGACCAUACAGCAGCCAGGCAGGUGAGAGACUGAAUUUGCAUUGUCCAAGAGUGAAGUCGGAAAACCAAAGAAAUAAAGUGAUGUGGUGCCCACA